AGAAGAGGGACAGUAUGGUGGCCAGCGUUCCGCCGCGGGCGUGAUUAAAACCUCCAUAGCCUGCAUUGUUUAAUCCCUUUAAGUGACCCAUACUCCGUUAUUUGGGAUUGUUUAUUAAAUCUGCCGAAAGCAUGGCUUCUACGGCAGCGGGUAAACAGAGGAUCCCUAAGGUGGCGAAGGUGAAGAACAAAGCUCCGGCAGAAGUUCAGAUCACCGCUGAGCAGCUGCUGAGGGAGGCGAAGGAACGAGAGCUCGAACUUCUGCCGCCACCUCCCAAACAGAAGAUCACCGAUGAGGAAGAGCUCAAUGAUUACAAACUGAGGAAGAGGAAGGGGUUUGAGGACAACAUAAGGAAGAAUCGAACGGUCAUCAGCAACUGGAUUAAAUACGCACAAUGGGAGGAGAGUCUGAAAGAGGUCCAGAGGGCUCGCUCAAUCUACGAGCGUGCACUGGACGUAGACCACCGGAACAUCACCCUGUGGUUAAAGUAUGCCGAGAUGGAGAUGAAAAACCGACAGGUAAACCACUCCCGCAACAUCUGGGACAGAGCCAUCACCAUCCUCCCACGAGUCAACCAGUUCUGGUACAAGUACAGUUACAUGGAGGAGAUGCUGGGAAAUGUGGCUGGUUGCAGACAAGUGUUUGAGAGGUGGAUGGAGUGGGAGCCAGAGGAACAGGCCUGGCACUCUUACAUCAACUUCGAGCUGCGCUAUAAGGAAGUGGACAAGGCACGCAGUAUUUAUGAGCGCUUUGUCAUCGUCCACCCGGAAGUGAAGAACUGGAUCAAGUAUGCUCGUUUCGAGGAGAAACAUGGGUAUAUUGCUCACAGCAGGAAGGUCUUUGAGAGGGCUGUGGAGUUCUUUGGCGAGGAACAUGUAGACGAGAACCUCUUCGUGGCCUUUGCGCGGUUUGAGGAGACACAAAAAGAGUUUGAACGAGUUCGGGUCAUCUAUAAAUACGCCCUGGACAGAAUUCCCAAACAGCAGGCACAGGAGCUCUUCAAGAGCUACACUGUAUUCGAGAAGAAGUUUGGAGACAGGAGAGGAAUCGAAGAUGUCAUCGUCAGCAAGAGAAGAUUCCAGUACGAGGAGGAAGUCAAGGCAAAUCCUCACAACUACGAUGCGUGGUUUGAUUACCUCCGCCUGGUGGAGAGCGAUGCAGACCCUGACACAGUGAGGGAGGUGUACGAGAGAGCCAUCGCCAACACACCACCUCUCCAGGAGAAGAGACACUGGCGGAGAUACAUCUACCUGUGGAUCAACUACGCUCUGUAUGAAGAGCUGGAGGUCAAGGAUCCCGAGAGAACCAGGCAGGUUUAUCAAGCAUGCCUGGAACUUAUCCCUCACAAAGAGUUCUCAUUCGCCAAGAUGUGGCUACUCUAUGGCCAGUUUGAAAUCCGUCAAAAGAAUCUGCAAGCCGCCAGAAGAUGCCUGGGCACUGCUAUAGGGAAAUGCCCGAAGAACAAACUGUUUAAGGGCUACAUUGAGCUGGAGCUGCAGCUGCGUGAGUUUGACCGGUGUAGAAAGCUGUAUGAGAAGUACCUGGAGUUCGCUCCGGAGAACUGCACCACCUGGAUCAAGUUUGCCGAGCUGGAGACCAUCCUGGGAGACACGGACCGAGCCCGCGCCAUCUUCGAGCUCGCCAUUGGACAGCCCCGACUAGACAUGCCAGAGGUUCUCUGGAAGUCCUACAUAGACUUUGAGAUUGAGCAGGAGGAGUACGGUAACACCAGGAACCUGUACAAAAGACUGCUUCAGCGCACACAGCACGUCAAGGUAUGGAUCAGCUACGCCAAGUUUGAGCUGUCGGUGGAGAGCGCUGACAGGCUGCUGCGGAGCCGACAGACCUUCGAGGAGGCCAACAAGAGCCUGGUGAGCUGUGAGGAGAAGGAGGAAAGGCUGAUGCUCCUGGAGGCCUGGAGGGACUUUGAGAAGGAGUUCGGUUCAGAUAGAUCCAGAGAGCGGGUCAGAAAACUGCUGCCGGAGAAGGUGAAGAAGAGGAGGAAGCUGACGGCAGAGGACGGGUCGGACGCAGGCUGGGAAGAGUACUACGACUACAUCUUCCCAGAGGACGCUGCCAACCAGCCCAACCUCAAGCUGCUGGCCAUGGCCAAGAUGUGGAAGAGACAGCAGCAGGGGGAGGACGAAGAGGACAGGGCUCUGGAGGUAGAAAAGGAAACAGCCGAGUCGACCGAAGACCAAGCUCCAGGCGCCGCCCCUCUCUUUGAAACGACAGCGGAGAACCCCGCCGACCAGGAAGCGGUCACCACCGCGACGCAGGAGGACGACGACAGAGAUGACAGCAGCAGUAGCAGCGAGAGCGAAAAUGAGAGCGAAAAUGAGGAGAAAGAGACCAAGAGGCCUCAAAGCGGUGAUGACGAGGAAGGUUAGGAGAACUUU